CUCCGCUACAGAGUGAUUUCUCGCCUUUGAAGAUUCGAAUAAAUCGAUGAAUCAAGAAACAAGUGAAAAUAACGGAUCAUGAUGGAACACGGGAAGGAUGGAACUGAGCAGCAUAUUUUUAACAGGCUGUAGCCGCCUAAACACGCCAUUGGCAGCCACUACCACGCUGGAGGAUCCGGGAACACCAGCCUCUUGGAAGGGCCCGCCGCCCGGCUCGGAGGCAUCGCCUUUUACACCCAACUCCGUUGGCCAGGGUGGUGGCCCUGGCUCCGGUCCUUACAACAGUACAGGUGGUCCACCGAGUAAUGCGGCCUUCCAGGGUCCGAGUCCUUUCCCCGGUGGUGCUGGUAGUCCAGCAGGAGCACCACCCUAUCAAGGCCCACCUCCUGGUUCCGCGACUCCUCAAUAUACUGCCUCGCCAGCGCCUAGUGGUUCCUCGACACCUGGUCCCGGACCACCACCGAAUUCGUCGGGCUUCCCUCCGCCGCCGAAUAAUUCCGGGCCACCAUAUAAUGGGCCCGGACCGAGCCCGUUCGGUUCGCCAUCUGGCGGGCCACCGCAGUUCGUCGGUCGACCCGGUUCCUCAGGACCGCCGUUCGUACCUCCGGGAGCAGGGAAUCCUCAUUUUCCUUCGCAUGGUCAACCGUUUGGAGGUCCUCAGUACGGUAUGCCACCUGGAAGCCCAUUCGGACCAGGACAUCCGAUGACAGGACCUAUUGGGCCUGGACAUCCAGCGAUGAUGGGUCCUGGUGGUCCCGUCGACAGGUUAGAGCAAGGAGGUUUUCAAUCGGUGCAACAACCUGACAUGUCUUGGACAAUGGUUUGGCCCGAGUCUGGCCACGUCUACCUGGUCGAAAAGGGGGCUGGAAAAAGGGGGAAGGAAACGGGGCCUUGGGUGUCGCAGAGAGCAGAUUAAUGGUCUCUGGGAAUUCCUGGUAGCGUAUCCAAGAACUGGACUCUCUCCUUUUCUGUACGGAUAUUCAAUAGCAGAAGGUCGUGGCACGGUGCGUAAACCAGAAACCACCCACGAUAGAAAAUUUCAUUGGAACUCCGUCAAGAAUGUAGUCGAACACUAGAAAAACUGUUCUUCAAAGGAUGAACUCGAUGGUUUUUCCAGUUUAGUAAUGCUUGAAACUCUAGUUGCUAUUCAAGUGCAUAGUACGUUCGCUGGAUUAUUUAAAACUUAGCUGCUACAUUUAGAAGAUCGACGUUUGCUUAAAAGUGUACAUUAAAUACUUUCGUAUAAAAUCUGUUUAUAAUCAAGGAAUAAUUUAUUCCUUCAUUUUCUUUACAUAUAUAUACGUUUAAUAAAAAAAUUCAUGUAUCUUUAAAUACUUUGAAUAAUCUUUUUAAAUAUCCUUUGAAACGAUAUUAACGAGUUUGUUAUAUUAUUCGGUCCAAUACAAUAUAAAGAGAGAUAUCGUCAAAUUUGUAAAUAAUGACAAUUUUAAUUGGGUGGGCACAACAAGAAAAAAAAAGAAAUGGAGAAAUUUCCUACAAAGAACUUGAUUAACUGAAGCAAGAAGAAACACGAGUUUAAUCUAUUAGAAUUCAUCAUCGUAUAAAAUGUGUUUAGAAAUAGUAACAUGAAACUAAUGCAUCCUACUUUCUCUUUGGGGUUGUUAAGACAUUUAUGGUUAUAGCAUGUUGGUAUUUAUUUUGUUGGAGCUGAAGGCCUAUACCGAAUUAUUUUGAGCAGGAAGCAUAGGUCCGAAAUGGUACUAAGCUGAUAAGAAAGCCCUAACCGCGACCUAAGGAAUAGGAUAGAGACUCAGGUAACUCGGUACUUACCACGCAGGUAGAGCUUGAGACAAGAGGUAUUAUUGUCCGAGUGGCAGGGGCUAGAGGCAAACCGUUUACAAAACGUUGGAAAUUCCAGGUAUCCUCCAUUGUUUAACAGAAAAUAAUAAAGUUUUCCUUGAGAUUUAUUUUCUCCCAUUAUUGAGAAUCCAAUUGGAUUUUCCUGCAUGUAAUAUAACAAUUUCUGGAGGAAACUAAUGACACCUAUUCUCUCGUUUUGUUCGACUUCCACUGACCUCGUUUGACCAAUUUUACCUUAUCCACAACUGAAUUAACAAAUUUCCACCAAAAUAACAGGAGAAAGUUUUUUUUUUAACAAUAAAAUUCUAAUAAUUGAAUUUUUGUGUACUCUUUUAGAGAAAAAUAUCGAUUUCUUU